AUGAGGGCGUCAACGCGUCGCGCCGGUUCAGGUGGCACAAGCGCCUCCUCCGGAGACCCAUCGAUCGAGUCAGCGCCUCCUCCGGAGACCCAUCGAUCAUGUUGGACUCAGCGCCACCAUGUGCCGUUUCCGAGUCGCGCGCCCGACCGCGUCCGACGCGGGGUGACGCUGCUGCGACACGCGCUGCAGUGCUGCUGUCGGUGGGCUCUCUACGUGGACUCGGACGCGUACAUGCGCAUGAACAUGCACCGCCUCUCCAUCGAGGACUGGGCCGCGCGCGCCAGCAAACGGGGGUACUUCGACUACCUGCUGGGGAAGUCGGACUCGCGGCUGCAGGCGCAGGUGGUGCAUGCGGAGCGCAUUCUAGAAGUCCUCACACCGCACGAUGGGCAGGGGGAGCUGGGGGAGGACGACGAGAAGGAGGAGGAGCAGCAGGAGUGGCAAGAGAAGCCUGCUCCCGAGAAGUGGGAGGAGAAGCCGCACGGCGAGCAGCAGCAGGAACUGGAGCAGAAAAAUCUGCAGGAGGAACAGCAUAACCAGCAACAGCAGGAGUGGCAGCAGCAGAAGGAACCUCUGCCAGAGAAGUGGGAGGAGAAGCAACAGCAGGACGAGAAGCAACAAAAACUGGAGCAGCAGAAGGCGCAGGAGACAAAAAAACUGGAGCAGAACAAGGCGAAGGAGCAAAAAAAACUGGAGCAGAAGAAGGCAAAGGAGCAAAAGAAACUGGAGCAGCAGAAGGCGCAGGAGCAAAAAAAACUGGAGCAGCAGAAGGCGCAGGAGCAACAGGAUAAGCAGCAACAGCAGCAGCAGGCGCAGCAGCAGGGAGCCGCAUCACCGGAGCCCAGCCCGGUUCAACCCCCCGUGGCACGGAAAACCCUUGAAACUCCAAAGCCAGCACCCUCUUCUGUACCUACGGUGGAUGCAUCAUCACCACCCGCAGUCCCCUCCGCAUUGCCCACGCCUUCCGACCCUUCACCCUUCUCUCUCAAAAUGCCAUCUCUCCCCUCAAACUCGUCUUCCUCGAAGCACCCGUUUGCUAUCUUUGUGCGCAACGGCGACGGGUCAUUGGGGUACAAUGGCGAGGCGGAGAACCUGUACGACCCGGAGCACGACUGGGCCAACUCAGGGGUCAUGCUCUUCGGCCACUCGCCUGAUUCUUUCAAGUUCUUGGACCAGUGGUACAAGGCGAUGCUGCCUGAUUACGGCGACCAGCGACCAAUGAACCUGGUGGCACUCAAGUGGAAGAAGAAGAUUGUGGUGCUGCCUUACUUGGAACUGACAGGGCCGGAGGGCAACAUGAUCAGGCACUUCUGGCAUCCUGUGGGUGCAGACACGCGAAAUUAUGAGCUGCAAAAAGCACUGCUGGGUGUGCUUGUGCAGCAGCAGAUGGAAGCCGAUCACCUCGCGAACAGUCGCCCCGCUAUGGCGACUAGCAAUGGCGGCGCACAACCCGUGGCGGAGAAAGAGGAAGCUACGGCGGAUGACGGGGCACUGUUGGAUCUGGAGGAGGAGACGGCUGGGAUGGACGCAGACGCCGAGCCUGGCGAUGCGGAGUGCGACGCGGUCGAAGGCCUCCUCGAGGUAGGGGGCGGCGACGCAUGCGACGAGGAUCUUGGAGAAGAUUUCACCAUAUCGGAUCGCGGUCUGCUGGGCGCGGGCUUAUCGCACGGCGGCUUCGCGUACAUGUGGUCGGGCGCGCGCGCCAACUACGGCAUCGCGCUUCGCACCCCGCCUACCGCCACCCCCGCAGCAGCCUCGGGGGCAGCGGACGCCUCUGCGAGCACGGCUCAGGGGGGGGCGACGGGGCAAGGGGAGGGGGCAGUGAUAGCGCAUGUGGGGUUGGAAGCAGCGGCGGAAGGAACGGGGCCUGCCGCGACGGGAGCGGCGAGUGCGCACGACGGCGGCGGCGGCAGCGGCGGGCGGUAUUGUUUCGCGUGCGUGGUGGAGGAGGAGCAGGCGCUGGACGCGCGGGUGCUGCGGGGAGGGGCAGCGGGCGCCGCAGCACCGGGAGGGGCAGCAGCGGCGGGAGACAAGGCGCAAGCGGGCACAGGCGGGGAGACGGUGGUGGGAAUCCCGGAGGACGAGAGAUAUUUGUGUCGGAUAGGCGUGUCCACGUUGAAUGCUGACGUGGAGUCGCUGGGAGAGACACGUGACAGCUUCGCGUAUGGCAGCAGUGGGAAGAAGGUGACGGGGGGCGCGGUCGCCCCGUACGCGCGCCCCUGGGCGCGCGGGGACGUGGUGCUGUGCGCCGUGGACCUCCCUGCGCGCGCCCUCGCCUUCGCGCUCAACGGCGCCUGGCUUGGCGAGGCCUUCCGCCUCCCGCCUUUGGGGGGCGCUGCGGAGCUGGCGGAAGGGGGAGGAGGGGGGGAAGGGGACGAGGGGGGCGGGGGUGCGGGAGGAGGGGAGGUGGGGAGUGUUGAGGCGCGGGAUGAGGGGGAAGGAGUGGGGGCUGCUGCGGGGGAAGGGGGAGGGGCGGCGGGUGGGGAGGAGAAGGGGGAGGCGGAGGAGGGUAAAGUAGGGGGGGUUGGUGUGGCAGAGAAGGUUGAAGUGGGGGAGGGCGAUGGCGGAGGGGCGGCAGGAGGGGGUGGGGGGCAAAGGGGAGAGGUGAAGGGAGGGGAGGGCGAUGAAGGGGAAGGGAGGAACGGAACGAAUGGAGAGGAUGGAACAAUGGAAAAGAGGGGGGAGGCAGGGGAGGAGGGCAAAGAGGGAGGUGAGAAGGGCACGGAGGGCGGUGAGGAGGGCAUUGAGGGAACGGAGCAGGGCAAAGAGGUGGGGGCGGAGGGAGGAGAGAAGGGCAGCGAAGGAAAGGAGGAGGGCGUAGGGGGAGGGGAGGAGAGCAAAGGUGGAGGGGAGAUGGGCAAGGAGGCAGGGGAGGAGGGCAAGGAGGGGACAAGAGAGGGAGGGGGUGUGGGCGAGGGGGAAAAGGGCAAGAGCACAGAGAUGGAGGUGGAUGGUGGCGAGCAGGGGCGAGGGGUGGCGGGCACGGGGAGUGCCGGUGAUGCCACAGGGGAAGGCGCCGUGAGUGGUGGUGGCGUGGAGGACGGGAAUGCGUGGGUGAAAGCAGCGCUCUUCCCCCAUGUGCUCGUGAAGAAUGUCAAAGGUAAUGCGGCACGCCGUGCUCCUCGCUCACCCUGCACUUCCCUCCCUCCCUCCCUUCCUCCCUCCCUUCCUCCUGCCCUCCCUCCCUCCCGCCCUCCCUUCCUCCUGCCCUCCCUCCCUCCCGCCCUCCCUCCCUCCCGCCCUCCCUCCCUCCCGCCCUCCCUCCCUCCCGCCCUCCCUCCCGCCCUCCCUCCCUCCCGCCCUCCCUCCCUCCCUCCGUCCCUCCCGCCCUCCCUCCCUCCCUCCCUUCCUCCUGCCCUGCGCCUACAGUUCUCACUCGCGGACGGCCUCUCACCCCCCCCGGGCUACCUGCCCUGGUCGCACGCGCCGCUCCUCUCCACCCCCGGCGCCUCCCCUCCCGAGGCUGGCUCUGCCCUCGCUACCACCGCGCCUACAAGCACGCCCCCUGCUGCCGCCGCACAGAGCACUGGAGAGACAGCGGCGAAGCAGGAGGCGGGGCAUGGGGAAGGAGGAGAUCGGGCUGAGGCUGCAGAGGGCACAGAGGAGGCAGGGGCAGAGGCAGAGGCAGGGGGGGAGGGGAGUGGAGAAGCAGAAGAAACAGAGGAUGGAGGAGAGGGUGUGGUGGUGCGUGUGGCGGGGCCAGCGUUGGGCAAGAGGGAGGAGUGCGAGGUGGUGAUGAUGGUGGGGCUGCCGGGGAGCGGCAAGUCCACGUGGGCGGAGGAGAGGGCGAGGGCGCACCCUGAGAAGCGCUAUGUGGUGCUGGGCACUGACCGCGUGCUGGCCCUCAUGCAGGGGCCAGGCGGGCAAGGCAAGCAGGGCGAGCGGAGCGAGGAGGGGUAUGGGCAGCGGUGGGCGGCGCUGAUGCCGAUGGCGUCGCAGGUGUUUGGCGCGCUGGUGGAGCGCGCUGCUGCCGUGCCGCGCAACUACAUCCUGGACCAGACCAACGUGUACGCCCACGCCCGCCGCCGCAAGCUGCGCGCCUUCCACCACUUCAAGAAGGUGGCGGUGGUGGUGGUGCUGACGUACACGGAGUGGAGGCGUCGCAGUGAUCGUCGCACCAAGGAGACGGGCAAGGAGGUGCCUCUUCUCGCAGUGCAGGAGAUGAAAGCCAACUUUGUGCUGCCGCUGACAGCAGCGGAGUCGCGGGGGCGGGACGUGUUUGACGAGGUGCUGUACGCCGCACUGCCUCGCCCCCAGGCGCAGCGCAUAGUGGACCGCGACCGCUUCGAGGCACAGCGCCUGCUGCACGCCGCCGCCAUCACCGCCUCUGGCAACCGCCCCUUCUCCUCUGCUCCCCUCCUCCCUCACCACCAACACCAGCGGCAUCAGCAGCAGCAGCAGCAGUUCCACCGGCCUUUCCCCCAGGGCCCACCCAUGCGCCCCAUGCCCCCCAUGGCCAUGGCCAGGGGUAUGGGCAUGGGCAUGGGCUCUGCUGCGUUGGGGCCGCCCUUUCCCCGCCCUACCCACCGCGCCCUCCUCAGCUCCCCCCCGGGCCGUGCCGGCCCUCCUCCCCACCGCAUGCCGCACCACCCAUCUCCCCCACUCGUGCACCCCCGCCCCGGCCCUCCCUCCCCCUUCACGCCUCAAAUGCGCCCCUCCGUGCUCUUCUCCCCUCCCCUCCGCGCCUCCCCUCCCAUCGGCCAUUCCCUCCGCCUCGGCCCUCCUCCUGGGAGGUUCAACCCCUCCCCCAUGCACCAGCCCAUGCCAGCGCGCCCAUCACACCUCCUCCGCUCUGCCCCUCCGCCCUCCACCUCCCCUCAGUUCCCCCAGCACCGCCUCAAUGCACGCACGUCCCCUCAUGUGCGUGCGCCCAGCCCCCACACGCCCGCCCACCAGCGGGCAGGCCAGUACGUGGGUGCGCCCGCGCAAUCCCUGAGCAACAGCACCAGCGGCAACCUGGCAGUGCCGUCGCUCACACUGCGCCCCCUCGCAUCGGGCCUUGGCUGGUACUCCUCGCCUUCUCCUGCUGCGCAGCCCGGUGGGGUGGCUGGAGGGGGGAUGGGCUUGGGGGCAGGUCAAGGCAUUGCGGGGUGGUGCUUGUUCUCAGUGGGGUUUCAAGGCACAGCCCCGCGCACCAUGGAUACUGACGCCGAUGCAGACGCGGCUGAUCCGGAUGAUAGGCCAUCGUGUAGCAGUCGUCCAGUGACUGGGCUUCAGUUUCUCCGUAGUGUGCAUCAGGCGCACAUGCGCGACGAUGACGAGGACGGUGACGGCGGUACAGAAUGGGUGCGACGCCCUUGCCCGGAAGGUGGCGAAGCGGUUGACGGUAUCGACUUCUGGUGUCGAUCGCCACACGGGGAGCCUGAGGCUGCGGAUUCCGACGGCAUUGAGGAAUGGGUCGCAUCGCCGCGAACGGAGGAACCUGCUGAACCGGCCGCGACGGUUCCAACCCAAGUCAUUGAUGCCGCCACACCGGAGUCGACGGGAUCAAUGGCCCCGAAAAAGCGACGAAUGACGCAGCAAGUGUUGCAGUGGGGAACCCCGCCGCCGAAACCCCCCGCUCCGCCUCCCGCCUCUGUACCACCCCCCAUUCCUCCCCUUUCAGACGUGGAGAAGAGAGAGAAGGCUUACCUGAAAGCCCAGGAGAAUUACACCUCGGAAUGGCUGCCGAGGUUCGAUUGGUUGAUUCUUGACAAGACCCCCGAAGGCGAGCCGUGUCUGCGUUGCAGUGUGUGCAUGGAGCACGGGAAGGAUAACGCACGAUACGGCCGAAAUGGCGCUGGCGGACGUGAUCUGCAGCUUGGCUCCAUGCGGUGGCACGAGAACAGCAUGAAGCAUGAUGACGCGAUGAAGAAGCAGGCGAAUUUGAUGAAGAAAAUUACUGAUCAGAAGAAAAUCGCCGACUUCAUGAAAGGCGAUCCCGAAGGCUCACGCGUCGCGCGCCUCAUGCGGGCCAUUCGUUUUGUGUGCCGCACCGACACGCCCAUCCACAUGUUUCCCCAGAUCGUCCAGUUCCUUGCGGAGGAGGGUGUCGCCGACAUCCCGCGUCAGAGCUACGGCGUAUACAUCACCCAUGAAGCUCUGGCUGUCAAGGAAUCGGCGGAGAAAUUCCCUGACUUGGCGAUCAUGGAUAAGUCGAUCAGGGCGGUUGGCGAGAUCGUGGGAAAAUCCACGCCCUGGCACGAGAGUUUCAAGGAGCUGCAACAAGUGAUUCACAGCACCAACCUGGAGCACCAGGGACUGCACGACGUGCGUUGGCUCUCCCGUGAUGAUGCUAUUUUGCGCAUGGUCAAGAUCUUGGGGGCGGCGAUCGUUGUCUUACUGGAGUGGGAUCACAAGAUCGCGCCAGUGGUGCAGACUUUGAAGUACCACUUCUGUCUGUACUUUCUGGCAGACAUCCUGGGGGAGAUGAACUCGGUGAACCGCUUUUUCCAGCGGUGGAAAGUAAGUGCCUGA